AAAAUGGCAGCCUCCUGUAUCUGGUAAGUCGUUGGCAGAGCAGCUCCUUAUUGUUUAGUAAUUAAUAAUUGCUUAAUAGUGAAAUGUGUUUCUAACUGUGGAAAUCGAAAUAGUGUAUGUUCUCGGUUUUUUGUGAUACGAAAGUGCAAAAUUGGAAUACAGAACAUCAGCACUAAAUCAAUAUAAUGGAGGUGCCAACGACAAAGAGCUUCGCACGAAACAGUUUUCUUUUAAUAUUAAUAAGCACAAUUGUGAUAGCCCAAUUUACACCAAGAUUUUCCACCCCUAAUCCCUGCACGCCGAAAGGAAAAUGCAGCGAAUGUAUUCAAACGCCAGGAUGUGCGUGGUGUUACGACCCCAACUUCGGCGACGGUCCACGCUGCUUCGAACCCGAACUACAGUACCAACAACAGAAAAAAUGCCCCGAAGAAUUCGUUCUUUUCCCCGACAAUAUACUAAGCGUCUUGAGUAACCUGGAGUUAACAAAAGCCCAUAAAGGAGUCGCAGGUGGCGGAGGAACACUCGUAUCUGGAGCCGAAGGCAGCUAUAACGCUUCGGAGCAUUGGAGCGCCCAUGGGUGGGAAGAAGGAAGCGCUGGUGGAAGCGGAGCGUUUGCUGGUGCCGCUGGCGGAAAGAUAGUGCAGGUCACGCCUCAAAGGAUCAAUUUGAAGUUGCGAGCAAGAAAAGUCUACAGCAUAAAAAUGAAAUACACCCAAGCAGAAGACUACCCAGUCGACCUUUACUACCUUAUGGACCUCAGUAAAUCUAUGUACGACGACAAGGAGAAACUGUCGUAUUUGGGCGACAGUCUGGCCACAACGAUGAGAAAACUAACCUCAAACUUCCGACUGGGCUUCGGUAGUUUCGUUGACAAAGUCGUCAUGCCAUACGUCAGCACUUUACCAGAGAAUUUGUUACAUCCUUGCGAAGGUUGCGCUGCUCCUUACGGCUACAAACACGCCUUGAGACUAUCGACCAAUACGCAACUGUUUUCACGUAUGGUGAAACAAGCCAACGUUUCUGGAAAUUUGGAUGCACCUGAAGGAGGUUUCGAUGCCAUAAUGCAAGCCAUUGUAUGCCGUAAUGAGAUUGGUUGGAGAGAACAAGCUAGAAAAUUGCUUGUAUUUUCCACUGAUGCCAGUUUUCACUAUGCUGGGGAUGGAAAACUCGGAGGUAUUGUAAAACCCAACGAUGGACUGUGCCACUUAUCUCGCGAAGGUUUUUACACGCAGUCAUCCUACCAAGACUACCCCUCAAUCGAACAGAUCAAUUUGAGCGUAAAGAAAAAUUCAAUCAACGUCAUUUUUGCCGUAACCAAGACUACUAUCGACAUCUACGAGCAACUCGCCAAGACUAUCGAGGGCGCAUCAGUGGGAAAAUUGGAGGGCGACAGUUCCAAUAUCGUUUCUCUUAUUAAAGAACAGUAUGAACAAAUUUCGUCCACGGUUCAGAUGAAACAUAACGCCUCUAGUGCACUGAGCAUUAAAUUUUUCACCAGGUGUUUAAACUCCACGGGAGCUUUGGUUAAUACCAAUAAAUGUGGAAAUAUAAAGGUCGGCGACGUUGUAACGUUCAAAAUCGAUAUAGAAGUCUUAAAGUGCCCUAAGAACCGUGCAGAUCAUUUCCAGACUAUUCAAAUAUACCCUGUUGGUAUCAAUGAAAGUUUGACCAUCGAUUUAGAAAUGUUGUGUGAAUGUAACUGCGAAAGACCCGGCGACAAAUAUUAUAAAGAACAUGCCCCAGCAUGUUCAAGCAUGGGUACAUACAAAUGCGGCAUUUGCGAAUGCUACCCAGGAGCAUUCGGCCCACAUUGUGAAUGUCUUCCAGAUGAUCUACCGACUAACAUUACUGCCACCGAUUGUAUUCAACCUGACGUACCAAAUGCGGUAGAGUGUUCCGGCAGAGGACAAUGCGUCUGCAAAAAGUGCAUUUGUGAGUCAAGACAGAACGAAAAUGAGAGAAUUUACGGCAAAUACUGCGAAUGCGACAACUUCUCCUGCGAGCGCCAUGACGGCAAACUUUGCAGCGGUCCCGACCACGGUAUCUGCGACUGCGGCGUGUGCCACUGCAAAGACGAAUGGACGGGUCCGAACUGCGCAUGCGUCAAAUCCAACGCCACCUGUUACGCUCCUGGCGUGACGGACGGAAAGAUUUGUUCCGGCCACGGCAAAUGCGAGUGCGGCGUAUGCCACUGUGAUGUCAGCGACGAGGGACAGUACUCUGGAAAAUUCUGUGAUAGAUGCCCAACUUGUUCAGACAGAUGUGCCGAAUUCAAAGACUGUGUUCAAUGCCAACAAUAUAAGACUGGUCCCCUCAAGAAACCAGAAGAUUGCUCUGCCCAGUGUACAAAAUUCACUCCCUCAUCGGCCGAUGUGAUAACUGUGGAUCAGAAGAACAACGAAGUACUUUGCGCCUACUACGACGAAGACGAGUGUAGAUUCAAAUAUGUAUAUUAUUUCGACAGUGAUCAAAUUCAAGUUAGAGCACAGAAAAACCGAGACUGCCCCGAAAAGGUUUACGUCCCAGGUAUCGUACUUGGUGUAAUAGCCGCCAUUGUCCUGAUAGGUAUGGCAAUUCUAUUAUUGUGGAAAUUGCUGACGACAAUUCAUGAUAGGAGGGAAUUCGCACGAUUCGAAAAAGAAAAGAUGAUGGCUAAAUGGGACACGGGUGAAAAUCCCAUCUACAAACAAGCUACCUCGACGUUCAAGAAUCCUACGUACGCCGGCAAAGGUUAAACAGCAAAUCAUCUUAGUAAUUUUUGAAAUUAAACUGCCAUCCGCAGCGGAGCACCGUGAUAUCCGCUAUCUCUUACUAAUCCUUUCCAUCUAGACGACUUCUUUUAAAUCCAGUGGUGUAAAAUAUGAACGUAGCUUUAACUUGAAUCGAUCCAGUUAACAAAAACAAGAAGUUUGUACAUAUUGUUUCGCACGAAACAGAAAAACGGGAGAUCGGCUAAUUUUUCGUACAAGAACGUUGAUUUUCUAAAGUUUUUAUUUUUGGAAAAGUAUGUGCAAUAUUUAACACAUUUAAAAUCAUGUUUUGUACAGUUGUUUGUCUUUUGACUCCUGUUCCAAUUUAGUAACCCAUAAUUUAGUAUUUUUAAACUCGUUUUAACGUGUCUUUUGUGUUUAGUUUUGGAAAUUUCUGGCAUAGUGAUCUACUAACACUUACUGUUCAUUAAAUCUUACUAUUAUUUAUAUUUUUAUGUUUUAAAGUCGUUCUCACAUUUUUUUAAAAGAUCGAUGAUAUAUUGAAUUUUAAAAAUCCAAAAAAUCACUGGAAAGCGUUUACACCUUAGAGAAUUUUAAUAUAAAGUUGGUUAUUUCUUCGUUUGUUACACCUAAACGUCAUAAGUAGUGUUUAUUUGGAAAUUCUCGUUUUUUAUUUUAACCUGUUGGUAACCUUACCUCAUUUAGGUUCCUAAUUUGUAUAUUAACCAAUUGAAAUGUUAAGGAAAGCUUUAGAAAAUUGAUAGUUCUUACUAAACGUAGCAUUUUUGUACUUAGUUCGUAUAUAUUUGAAUACACACUCGUGUUCGAUGUAUCCAUUUAGCUAGCCCAUUCCUUUCCCGUGCCAUAACUAAAAUUAGACUUGGUCGUUAGUUUUGUUCCUUCAUAAUCGUUGCAAUAACUAUUUAGUACAGUUUUAUAGAAAUUUUUAAUCAAAAUUAUAACUAAGUGUUUAAAGAAAUAUUCUUUGGGUGUUUGAAAGGUAUUACACUAUCGAAGUCAUUGAUUUUAGACAUUUUAAACAGGAAACCGAUCAAAAAAUAUUUAAGUUAUUGUAAUUUUAACAGGGUCGAUAGUACUGUGCCGAGCUUUCGACGUCCUUUCCGGGGUCUCGGUCUCCUGAGACCCCGGAAAGUACUACGCUACUCACUGCACUAGUAUCUUUUCGUUCUCUUAUUCCCUAGCGACCAUUUUUUCCGUAUUAUCGAUCAAUACUUUGUUUAAAACUCAGCUUUUUCAUGCAGAUAUACCUUUUAUUACCAUUUAGUAAUAUAUUCUAGGGUUUCAAGGUGUAUAAAGCACUAAGAAUGGCGUAUUAUCGCUUGAAUGGUACUAAGCCGUUAAUUUUCGCACUUUAUUUCGCAUUCUUUCUAUUUUUUAUCGGGUUCAUUACUGGCGUGGUUUAGAGUUUUCUGCCAAUAUUCAUACUUUCAUAUUAAUAGUAUGUACAACAUAAACGAGAAUAUUUUUAAAUUAUAACUAAAAUCGUUGUGUAAUACCUUUCGUAUCUCAUUUAGAAAAAUGAUUUUGCAAAUUAUUACGAUAAUAAUUGUUGAUCUGCAUUAUUAAAAAUAUUUUGUAUAUUUUAAGUUUGGCAACUUUUUUUAACAAUUUUGGCAACUUUUUUACUAAAAUGUGACGUAGAUCUGAAUUAUUUAUUUACAUUUUAUUUUUUUUUUAACUUUUGACGAAUCUGACGAUAUUCUAUUUUACAUAAAAAAAAUAUUGUGCCUACUGCAAGUGUCUUAAUUCAACUAAUUAUACUGAUGUAGUCACCCAUUUUUCAUAAAGGCUUUAUAUAAUACAGCUAUUAUUAUAGCUCAGAAGAGGGCAAUUUCUGGCUUUCCGGUCGUUCUCAAAAUACAGAUUUCUGAGGUGGAAAUGGAGACGUCAACUAUAAGGAAUUUUCAAGUAAAAUUAAGGUUUAAUCGCGUUAAAUAAAGUAUUAACAUCGUCUUAAGAGUAUCGAAAUCUGGAAGAAUAGCCCUGGUACCUCCUGGUAUAGAUGAAUUUAUUCUGACAUUGAAUGCGGCAUUGAAUUUUAUACAAUUUUUGUAAUAUUUAUUAUCUGAAUAAAAUUAAAUUUAUAAUAAUAUUUAUUUAUGAAAAAUGGAUGACAGAAUAUUUUUAUACAUAUAUUUUUUUAAAAUUGUUACUUUUACUUAUACAAUUAACUUUUUACAUCUUUAACUAUAGGUACAGAUAGAAUCUCCAGUUUAAAUAAAUUACUAAUAAAUGUUCAACUGUCAAAAAUUAAAAAUUAUACCUGGAUACGAAUUUUUUUAUAUGUAUAAAUACUCUUUUUUACUUAAAGAACUAAAUUCACUAUUAACUGAAAUAAUUGCUGAACCAAAUGCGUUUUAUCCAGAUGUGACUGUUUAAAUGGAAGAGAAAGACGAUUUAGGUCCACUAAAAGUGCUUUUAUGGAAAGACCUGCAAAUAUCAAAACAGGCUGUUGUAAAAGGAGAAGUUACAAAUAGAGAGGAUGUUACAAAAAAUACACUCCAAAUCAUCGAAUUUUACAACUUUAAAAUAGUAAUCUAGUAUUUUCCAUUAAUUAUUAUAUCGUGGAAGGAGUCCAGAUUUUAAACAAUUCCUUUAAUAUCCAAAAACACUAUCCAUUACUUUUCCAUUGGACAGAAAUGAUCUUACAAAAAACGAAAACCUUUACAUACGCCAGUCAAUGAGAGCAAGAACAGAAUAUUACCUCCGAAUUCUAUCCUACUGCAUGGAUUUUGGAAAUAGCCUCCACAUAUCUCGUACUUCAAAGUCUAUCCUAUGUACUAUGGCGCUUUUUAUCUUACGUGCGGUUCCCACCCCUUCAAGGGGGUGGAAAAUUUUUUGGUCAAAAAAAACCACCUAAGUCGCUAAAAAACCUAGUUCUACGCAAAAACUGUUCUAUAAUUCUUUUUGAAAACUCAAUACUUUUUGAGUUAUUCGUGGUUGAAAAUUGGCCAUUUUAAUUGAAACAUAACACCUUUUCGGACGGUUUUUGCGAAUACCUUAAAAACUGUCCAUCUAGCUAAAUAAACUAUAUGUAACAUUUUUGUAGCUUAUAAAAAAACAAAGACUCAUUCCUUCAUAAAUCUUCUAGUUCUAAUACAAAAAGAGAUAUUAUGGUAGGUGAAAUGAGUUUGUUUUGUUGGUGCAUGCUCAGAUCGGUGUAUUCAAUUUGAAAUAACAGAGAAACGGUCGAUUUUAGGUGUAUAAUUCUACCAAUACCUUUUGUAGUGCUUGAAAAUACCUUUAAAAAUAAGCAAUAUUAAAUGUCGAUUACAUUCAAAUUAAACGAGAUAUACUGCAAAAAAAUUGAUGACUAAUGUAUUUUAAGAAAAAAUCAGAAGUAUAUUUAAUCCCUCAUCCACCAGAAUUUAAGUGAUCGUUUUCCUUCUACGAUACCUUUUACUAUAGUGUUGUUUCUAUGUUCAGAAAGUUGGACGGAUUUAAAAUGAAUAGUUUUUGAAAAAAAUAGGAUCAAAUUAUAGAGCGCAUUUUUAAAUUUUCUUAAAAAUCUUCAUUUUUCUCCAUUUAACUUGAAAAUGAUAACAGAUACGAAAAUAAAAUACCGUACAAAAAUGUAGGGUUUUUUAAUUUUAUUUUUAAUUUUCAUUACUAUAUCUCUAUUACUAUAUUUUCAAGUUAAAUGGAGAAUGAGGAAGAUUUUUAAGAAAAUUUCAAAAUGCGCUCUAUAAUUUGAUCUUAUUUUUUUUAACCAUUGAUUUUAAACCCGUCUAACUUUUUGAACAUAAAAACAACACUAUAAUAAAAGGUACUGUACAAGGAAAACGAUGCAUUUAAAUUUUGGCUAAUUUAUUUUAAGAAAAACUGAGAAGUAUAAUUAACCUAGUAUAUUUAUCUCGCUUAGUUUGAACGUAAUCAACAUUUAAAGUGCUCGUUUUAAAGGUCUUUCCAAGAACUAUAAAAGAUGUUCAUAGCAUUAUACCCUUAAAAUCGACCUUUCUCUGUUAUUUUAAGUUGAAAACAUCGAUUUGAGCAUGCACCAAGAAAAUCUCCUUUCACCUACUAUAUCUCGUUUUGUGUUCUAGCUAGAAGAUUUAUGAAGAAACUAAUCUCGUCGAUUUUUCAUAAUCUACAAAAAAGUUUUAUAUAGUUUUUUUUGUUAGAUGCGUAGUUUUUAAGGUAUUCGCAAAAAACCAUCCGAAAAGGUGUCAUUUUUCAAUGAUAAUGGUCAAUUUUCCACCACGAAUAACUCAAAAAGUAUUGCGUUUUCAAAAAAAAUAUAGAACAGUUUUUGCUUAGAAUUAGGUUCUCUAGCUACUCACGUGGUUAUUUUGACCAAAAAAUUUUACACCCCCUUGAAGGGCUGGGAAACGCCCCAAAAUAAGCGCCAUAGUAUAUAGGGUAGACUUUGUUUCUUGAGCUAUUAAGAAGGUAGAGGAAGCAGCAAUUCGAAAAAGAAUAAUAACAACCAAACCUAUUUUUUACUGACACUUUUACAUUACCUUGUCAAAUUCACAGUUGUGCCAACAUUACAAAACAGUGCCAUCUAUUGCCUUACAACUUAAAGUAUAUUUUUGACAUAUAUUCAACAUUUAUUAGUAACAUUAGUACUUAAGUAAUUAAAGUCAUAAUAUUAGAAUUUUUAUUUACUAAAUUAUUUUUCUUGUAUUAUAUUUGUAAAAUUUGAUUUGCACGAAAGCUUAACUGCCAAAUAUCGAUGAUAUGUAUGUUAUAUAUAAAACGUAUAGAUAAUUUUUUUAACUUGUUAGCAUAACAUUAUUUAAAAACUUAUUUUAUUAAUGAUGACUGUUAAUUGAUUGUUUAGAUUUAUUAAAAGUGUAUAAUAAAAAGAUUUGUUUUAAUAUUUUAA